CGAAAAACGAAGUUUGCGGGAAAUAAAAACGAUUCGAAGCGUUCUACUUUGGUAAUCAAACUAUUUCUGGGUUGUUCAAUGGAUACAGCGGAGUCAGUAUCAAGGGGUUGCUUUGCCUAUAAAGGAAAGAAAAAAGUGGCCAGAAAAGAGGACUACUUCCCGAAAAAGGAUGGAGCUGGAAAAGUUCGAUUGUUGGCAUGUCAGAACAUGUGGGACCGCAUCGACACAAAAAUAAAUGAUCUCCAGUCCUGCAUGAACAGUAAGAUAUUUGAUGAACUUCUCAAGUUCGCUCAAUCCAGCCACGGUAGUCAUAAAACAGUUGUCGGAACCUCAGCAAUUCAUGAGAUUCCAACUGCUGCGCUGAUCACAGGUGUUAACACCCCAGAUCAUGCUGUGAUGUUCACCAACCUUGUUCUUCUUCUGAAAGAGAAAGUUACUCCCCUUGUUUCAACUCUCCGGUCCAAGGACUGUCCAAACCUGAAGAGUGCCAUAACAAAAAUGAUUUCUCAUUUCACAUCAAAUCCUAAUCUGAUGUUAGAUGAAGAUGAUGCAGAAAUUGUACCAAGGAAAAGAAAUUACCCCACUACAAUGACAUCACUUGUAACCUGGUACAAGAAAAAGUGUAUUAUGAAGGUUAAUGAAGUAUCGCCCAAAAAGAGGAAAGUGAAGACUGGAGAAGCAGCCGCUGAUGUGACCUCUCAGCCCCCUCUCGUUGUUGUGCUGGAAGACAUGGAGAGCUUUGCUCCUCAAAUGCUGCAGGACUUCAUUGUCAUAUGCAGCAACUACUUGCAUGAUCUACCAUUUGUGCUGGUAUUUGGGAUUGCUACAGCAGUCACUGUUGUUCAUCGCCUGUUGCCAAAUGCUGUGUCUUCCCUGCUGUGUAUGGAGAAAUUCCAGGCUCCUCCCUCCACUGACUACCUCACUCUGGUCAUCAACAAGGUUUUGAUGACACCCGACUAUCCAUUCAAGCUUGGUGCUAAAGUGUUCCAGUUACUUCUUGAUGUUUUCCUUUAUCAUGAUUUCUCAGUGGUGAAUUUUGUCAAAAGUCUGCAUUUCUGCGUACUGGAUCACUACAUGAGAGACUCACUGAGUCAACUGUGUCGUCCUGAGACUGACCUCCACGACACCGUGUCACAGCUCACUCACGCCCAGCUAGAGAGACUCAGACAGACGCCGUCCUUGAUGACGUAUGUCGAGUCCUGUCCUGCAAACAAAAUUGGAAAGCUUCUUGAAGAUGACAAAUAUUUAAAGAAAGAAGCUGUUGACCUGUUUAGCAAGCUUCACAAAUAUCACAGAAUCUUCUUCCCCAUGUUACGCUGUCUACAUGUCCUGGUUGCCAACCUGCCCAAGCACCCACUUGGAAAACAGUUACGUGAGCUGUAUGCAGUGGCUCUGGAGUCUGAUGUAGCUGACAGUGAGGGAUAUAGAGAAUCUGUGGAGCUCCUUGGAUUUAUGUCACAGGAUGAGCUAUCUAGAAUGUUAGCUCAGUGUAUUGAAAUCUUACAGGACUCCUCGGAGCCAUCACUUGAAAAUGUUAAGAAAUGUCUGCUUGAUCUUAAGAACAAGCUGGAAAAUCUAGAUGAACUGGAAGAUCCACAAGAUGAAAGUCAAAUUACAGAUGAACUGAUUCCAAAGAAGACAGAUUUGCACAAUCUGAGAAAGUCGCUUCAACAAAUGAAGAAGAACAAGAAACAGACUCCAUAUGAACGAGUGAGAAGUGAUAUUCUUCAGUGUUUUACCGAGGUGUUCAGAGAGCAUUUAAAGUGUCCAAAAAGUCAAACAUUUUAUGAGAUUUUUUACUACAACUCUGUCUCAACGGUCAAACAACACAUCUAUGCGUCUCCGAGGUCGGCAAUCCAGACUGCACUCGGUAAUCCGUGCCACUAUCUUCAGUGUAAAUGUUGUGAGGGGUCUACAUUAUCCUCCACGAUGCCCGACAUCUGUGUUGCAUACAAGCUGCACCUGGAGUGUGGUCAACUCGUUAAUCUCUAUGACUGGCUAAAUGCUUUUACAUCGGUGGUCACAUCAGACAAAGAAAAUCAGACGGAAGAUCCCAAUUCUAGCAGUAUAUUACAAGCCCGAUUUAUUCGAGCUGUGUCAGAGUUACAGUUCCUUGGUUUCAUCAAGCCCACGAAGAGGAAAACUGACCAUGUUGCCAGGCUGACCUGGGGAUGUGUCUGAAGUAGAUCCUCUCUCUGUGUGUUACUGUCAUUGAGUAUUGUUGCAAAUCUCAAGUGUCUUGUUUGUGUGAUUAGAACUGGCAGAACUUGGAAGACUUUUGAAGUGAGGAAAUGCUGAACACAGUAAACAACUUGCAUAGAUGUCACAAGUUGGGGGGCCAGGGGAGCAAAAUUCGUAACUCUGAAAAUAACACAUUGGGGCCCCUGUUGGAAGGUGAAUUUAUACAUUAAAGGUCCCUUCCGUUGCUGGUAUGAUCCAGUGCCUUUUGGGUUUUGCUGGUGGACUUAGGAAGACAAAUGAUUGUUUUAAGAAAUCAUCUUUAUUUAUAACGGUUGAAUGCAAAUAUAUUGUUAUUAAUCAUUGAGAAGAACACAUCUGAAAUGGAAUGUUGAAUGUUCAUUUGUAUAAAUAUUUCUAUGACUGAUGUUUGUAUCGACUAGCAUAUAUAUUUUAAUUAGACCAAAUUAUAAACUAUGGUUGUUCAUCUGAUUACAUAUAGUAACAUAUAGAAUUCAAUGGUAAAAUUUCUACACUUAUUUUUGAGAAUAUAUUUAAAAAAAAAAAAAAAUUGGUUGGUGGUUUUCGUUUUUUGCUGUUUUCAGUUUGGUAUUUUGUGUAUCAUGUAGUGUUUAUAUCACAGUUUAUUGUCCGCCUGACACUAUUAGUCAUUUCCAGACUAAAAUGUUUAUGUCCUAUGUACUUUCUUUAUUUUAAAAUACAAAUAUAUAGAGGAUACUCCCCGAGUGUCUUGUGAUAUCAUAAUUUAUCAGCACGAAUUGAUAAAAGUAUGAAAUCCGAGGCUUGCCGAGGAUUUUAUACUUUUUUCAAUGAGUACUGAUGAAUCAUGAUAUCACAAGACACGAGGGGGGUAUUCUUUUUAUCAUCCAUUAUCAUUCU